ACUGUGCUGGCCACUGUCUGAACCCUUGAUAUGUUUGAAUCCUCAUGUCCACACUGUUAUUUUCCCUUUUUUCCAGAAAGGUGCAACAACUUGCUGGGGUAAAGCAGAGCUGGAACUCAAACCCAAGUGCCUCUAACCCCCAAGUCCAGUCCUAAGUUUCGGCUCUGUUACCAACCUGGAGGAUCCUGGGAAUGUGGGCUCUAGCCACUAAGCAGCUGCUGCAGGAAGUGCAGAGACCUGGCACCUGGCAGGACUUCCCAGAAUACGCCGCCAUCAACUCCAUGCUGGACCAGAUCAACUCCUGUCUGGACCACCUGGAGGAGAAGAACGACCACCUCCACGCCCGCCUCCAGGAGCUGCUGGAGUCCAACCGGCAGACACGCCUGGAGUUCCAGCAGCAACUCGGGGAGGACCCCAGCGAUGCCAGUCCCUAGGGUCCAAGAGCCCCCAACCGGGCCCCCACCCUGCCUCCCUGGGUUAAGCUCUGGCCUGGGCACUCACCCCCUGGCUUAGACACCUUCUCAAGGGCUGGCCUUCAGGGUCGCUGGGUGGGUCUGCCUGCCUGGUCCACUCUUCUGGCCAUUCCCCCUGGCCUAUCUGGGCCAGCCCCCACUGCCUGGCAUUCCCUCCUGGGGCCAAGAGUGGGCCUGCAACCCACCCACUUGCCUGCCCACCCAACUCCUGGGCACUCCCACUCUGCCCAGGCCUUGAGUGUCCAAAUUAAACGGAUCUCCCACAC